AUGGCCGAAAUUACUCCUAACAAUGAAACUAUCGAGGCUGAUGAUAUCCGUCCCGCAAGUUGGGGUUUUGACAGCGACAGUUUUAGCGAGUUUAUUAUUAAUGUCCCGAUCUCUAUGACCUUGAUAUGGCAGGGGGGUUACAGUAAGGCUGUCAGCCUGUUAGUGAGAUUCUAUUCGGGUAUCGGUAUUACAUUUCAGGGUUCAGUUCAGUUCAGGCACAGCCAAGAUGCUUUGUGCGUGUACAUACACACCAUUCAGGGAUAUAUCUUUGUUUGUUUUCAGGUUAAAACUGCCUAA